UAACCUGCUCGCACACCUAGCUCCCAUCCUCCAGCUGCGCUUGAGCCCCGUGCACAGGACAACAUGAGCACCGAGAGCAUGAUCCGGGACGUGGAACUGGCCGAGGCGACGCUCCCCAAGAAGUCCGGGGCCCCUCAGGGCUCCAGGCGAUGCCUGUACCUCAGCCUGUUCUCCUUUCUGCUCGUGGCAGGAGCCACUUUACUCUUCUGCUUGCUGCACUUCGGGGUGAUUGGCCCGCAGAGGGAAGAGCAGUUCCCGGGCGGCUUCCAUCUCAUCAGGCCCUUGACCCAAACACUCCGGUCACCUUCUCGAACUCUGAGCGACAAGCCUGUGGCCCAUGUUGUAGCAAGCACCCAAGACGAGGGCCAGCUCAAGUGGGUGAGCAAGGUUGCCAAUGCUCUCCUUGACAACAACGUGGAGCUGAUAGACAACCAGCUGGUGGUGCCCUCUGACGGACUGUACCUCAUCUACUCCCAAGUCCUCUUCAAAGGCCCAGGCUGCCCUGCCACACACGUGAUCCUCACCCACACUGUCAGUCGCAUAGCUGUCUCCUACCAGGCCAAGGUCAACCUCCUCUCCGCCAUCAAGACCCCCUGCCACAGGGAGACCCCUGAGGGGGCUGAGGCCAAACCCUGGUAUGAGCCCAUCUAUUUGGGAGGGGUCUUCCAGCUACAAAAGGGAGAUCGACUCAGUGCUGAAAUCAAUCUGCCCGACUACCUUGACCUUGCUGAGUCCGGGCAGGUCUACUUUGGGAUCAUUGCCCUGUGAGGGGGAUGCAUGCAGAUCAUUCACCACCCAGCCCAUCGCCCUCCCUGUCCUGCCAUUCCCAUUGGGCCUCCUCGUCCCCGAAAGGAAGGGGGACGAGCCGGGUCUCUAAGUCAUCACCCCGAACAACAACACUUAGAACUUGAGAUGCAAGGAUGUGUGACUCAGACCAGACCGGGGGC